AUGGCUGGGCCGACAGUUUCAAAGUCUAAAACUAAACACAAGGUUUUAUCGUCGCUGUCGAUUUAUAAGACUGUUGAAGAUUCUCAUGAGUAUAUGAUACAAGGAUUUUCUCUAGCGAAGGGAAUUGGAGUUGGUAAAUUGAUGACUAGUCGCACAUUUAGAGUUGGUGGUCACGAUUGGGUUAUACAGUUUUAUCCAGGAGGCAAAAGUAAAGAUAGCAAGGAGUACGUAUCCUUGUACCUUAAGAUAGUAAGCCCUGGAGAAGUUAGGGCAACGUGGGAGCUUAAAUUGAUGGACCAAAGCGAAAAAGGGAAAUAUGGUGCUCAUAAAAUUUCUUCACGUGUAAGAACGUUUAACACAGCAACAGUUGAUAGAACAUGGGGAUAUAAGCAGUAUAUGAAGAGGUCGGAGUUGGAGACCUCCAGUUAUCUCAAGGAUGAUUGUCUUUGCAUUCACUGUACCAUCAGAACAGUGCAAACUCGUGAUGAAACAGUGCAAACUCAUGCUGAAGAUGGGAAACCUUAUGUUGUUCUUGUACCUCCAUCAGAUAUGAGUCAGAAUCUCAAGGGUUUGCUGGAAUCUGGAAUUGGUUCUGAUAUUACUUUUCAUGUUGGCAGUGAAUCCUUUAGAGCCCAUAAGUCGAUUCUUGCAGCUCGAUCUCCCGUAUUUAGAGCUCAGUUUUUUGGAUUGGUGGGUAACCCAGACAUGGAAACAGUAGUCAUUAAAGAGUUUGAACCCUUUGCGUUUAAGGCCAUGUUACUAUAUUUGUAUUCAGAUGAACUUCUUGAACCACGGGAAAUUUCUGAUUCAGAUUCUCUUUGCUCUUCAACAACACUCAUGCAACAUCUGUUAGAUGCAGCAGAUCGCUAUGAUCUUGCUCGAUUGAAGCUCAUGUGUGAGGCAAAGUUAUGUGAAGAAAUAACUGCAGAUACCGUUGCAAAAACACUGGCCCUAGCUGAACAAUACCAAUGCCUGCAACUGAAAACUUUCUGUCUAAACUUUGCAGCUAAACCUUAA